UCGAGUACUGAAGCGUUUCGAAAAAAGUGCACUCUCCCCCCAAAGCAAUUGGAAGCAAACCGCGCGAAUCAGCAAGCAUAUUCAGGAUGUUGGGUGCAUUCUUGCCACUGGUUGCAUUGUUGCUUUGCUGCAUCGAAGUGAGUGAAGGAUUUUUCAUGAUGCAGUACCUGGUCGGGGGAUGGAAGACUAACGUCGGUCAGUUCCCUCAUAUGGCGGCCCUUGGACGCCCAGAGGCUAACGGAUCGAUCGAGUGGUUCUGCGGAGGAACGCUCAUCUCGCCCCUGUUCGUAUUGACCGCGGCCCACUGCGCCAACAGUCGGAUGCGGGAUCCCCCGCAAGUGAUAAGAUUGGGUGACUACGAUCUGAGCACUGAUGACGACAGCGACCAUCAGGAUGUGGAGAUUUCCCAAAUAGUGCAUCACCCGGCCUACAAUGGAGUGCAGGCGUACAACGACAUCUCGCUGAUCCGGUUGAAUCGUAGUGUGACUUUCGGGAGAUUCGUGGAACCGGCCUGUCUGUGGCGGGUGGAGACCAUGCCUAGCGAGCCGUUAACCGCAAUCGGCUGGGGACGACUGGGGCACUACGGCGACCAACCGGCGGAACUGCACCAGGUCGACCUGCCGGUUAUCGCGAACGCGGAAUGCAACCGGCUGUUGGCAUCACCGAGGACGCGCCGCUUCAGGCAGGGCAUCCUGCCGUCGCAGAUCUGUGCGGGUGAGUUGGCAGGCGGGAAGGAUACCUGCGCGGGUGAUUCCGGUGGACCGCUGCAGGUUCGAUCGAGUGUUGCUGGCUGCCGGUACGACAUCGUCGGAAUUACCUCGCUCGGAGGGGUCUGCGGAACCGCUCGGAAGCCGGGCGUUUAUACCCGCGUUUCGCACUUUGUACCGUGGAUCGAGUCGAUUGUGUGGAAGUAAUAAAAUUCUUUCACGGGAAACGGGAAUUGUUAGUUUUUUAACGAUCA